AGCUCCACUUGUUUCUCUGCAAAUCCGCCAGUCACUCUCUUUCACUCUUUCUCUCUGAGUCUCUGUAUGUUCAAAUGAUCUGCAUGUCUCUCCUUCUCCAUCUUUGAACUUCCUUGCACACUCUCCCUCUCUCAUGGACGGUCCCUGCGCAGAAGAUUCUUCACAAAGCCUCGCUACAGACGACGGCCAACGAGUAUACUUCGUGCCUCACCGGUGGUGGAAAGAGGCGCAGGACCCUGCAUUGGGGGAUUCGGAUGCGAAGAGAGGGGUACUGUACACAGCAUCAUCGGCGUCUACGUAUAUGGGGCCUAUGAAAAUCAUCAACAACAUUUUCAACUCGGAUCUUAUGUUUAAUCUCAGGAGAGAGGAGGAUUCUCGGCAGAACAAUGACAAUGGUGAAGUGGGGGUCUCCGGCCGGGACUAUGCCUUAGUUCCCGGGGAAAUGUGGCUGCAGGCCCUGAAAUGGCACAGUAAUUCUAAAGUUGCUAUGAAGGAGGGGAGAAGCUUCUCAGCUGCAGAGGAUGACAUGGCUGAUGUCUAUCCAUUACAGCUCAGGCUUUCAGUUUUGCGGGAGACAAACUCACUGGGGGUAAAAAUAAGCAAAAAGGACAAUGCAGUUGAGCUCUUCAGAAGAGCCUGCAAGAUCUUCAACAUUGAGUCUGAGCUGUUACGCAUUUGGGAUUUUUCUGGUCAGACGACACUAUUUUUUGCAAAUGACAAAAUAAAGCUUCCAAGAGACUGUCAACGGCAGUCAGAUCAGGAGAUUCUUCUGGAGUUGCAAAUCUAUGGGUUGUCAGAUUCUAUGAAAUGCAGAGAAGGAAAAAAAGAUGAAGUGGCAUUACAACAUCCUAAUGUUGUAGGUUCUGGGGCAUCAGUUAUGAUUAAUGGCAACUCUAGCAAUGUGAGCUCUUGUUUUCCUCGGACCCAUUCUUUAGCAAGCGCUGGUGAAGCUGGUUCUUUGGGGUUGACAGGAUUACAGAAUCUUGGAAAUACUUGUUUCAUGAACAGUGCUGUCCAGUGCUUAGCACACACCCCAAAACUUGUUGACUAUUUUCUUGGAGAUUACAGUAGAGAAAUAAACCAUGAGAACCUCUUGGGUAUGGAGGGCGAGCUUGCUUUAGCAUUUGGAGAUCUUUUAAGGAAGUUAUGGGCUCCUGGAGCAACUCCAGUAGCACCAAGAAUAUUUAAGUCAAAGCUUGCUCAUUUUGCUCCUCAAUUCAGUGGCUUUAAUCAGCAUGAUUCGCAAGAGCUUCUUGCUUUUUUGUUGGAUGGACUCCAUGAAGAUCUGAAUCGUGUAAAAUGUAAGCCUUACAUUGAAGCUAAGGAUGGAGAAGGUCGGCCUGAUGAAGAGGUAGCUGAUGAAUAUUGGCAGAAUCAUUUGACUCGCAAUGAUUCUAUCAUUGUUGAUGUAUGCCAAGGACAGUAUAGGUCAACACUAGUUUGUCCUAUUUGCCAAAAGGUUUCUGUUACAUUUGAUCCAUUCAUGUACCUGUCAUUACCUCUUCCUUCAACAACAAUGCGGACUAUGACUUUGACAGUCGUGAGUACUGAUGGAAGUGCUCAGCCUUCUCCAUUUACCAUUACAGUGCCCAAGCAUGGAAAGUGUGAAGAUCUUAUUCAGGCCUUAAGCAUUGCAUGUUCUUUGGGGGUUGAUGAAAGUUUGCUGAUUGCUGAGAUAUAUAACAGCCGUAUUAUACGUUAUCUAGAGGAGCCAACAGAUUUGUUAUCCUUGAUUAGAGAUGAUGACCGAUUAGUUGCGUAUCGGUUACCUAAAGAUAUUGAGAAAGCCUGUUUGGUCGUGUUUAUGCAUCAACAUAUGGAGGAGCAGUACAUCCAUGGGAAGCUGUCGUCAAGUUUUAAGGGAUUUGGAAUUCCUCUUGUGGCGAAACUUUGUAAUAAUGUUGAUGGAUCGCAUAUUCAUAACCUGUAUCUUAAAUUACUUAGUCCAUUCUUAACACAAAAUGAAAAUGCCUUAAAAAAAUAUGAUAAUUUUGGAAGCACAACAAUUGAAGAGGUUUCGGAGAGCAUGAAUCCCAAAUUGGAUGGAGUUGACUCUGGUGAUGGUAAAGGGCUUGAUUCACCCUUCGAUGCUGAAUUCCAGAUGCAUUUAACAGAUGAAAAGGGAACUGUCAAGAACUCCAAGAUAUUAAUGAAUGAGCCACUAAUAAUGGCAGAGAUGCCCAGGCGGUUGAAUGUGCUUGUGUGUUUGCCAGACAAACAGAUUGAACAGUAUGAUACCCAACUUCUUAGCUCAUUGCCUGAAGUUUUUAAGUCUGGAUUUUCAGUUAGAAGACCUCAAGAAUCUGUUUCUUUGUACCAAUGCCUUGAGGCAUUCCUGAAGGAGGAGCCUCUUGGGCCAGAAGAUAUGUGGUACUGUCCUGGUUGCAAGAAGCACCGUCAAGCUAGUAAAAAAUUAGAUCUUUGGAGACUGCCAGAGAUUCUGGUUAUUCAUUUAAAGAGGUUCUCAUACAGCCGGUUCACAAAGAACAAGCUGGAAACAUAUGUGGACUUCCCAGUUGAUAAUCUUAAUUUGUCAGCAUACAUUGCCCAGAAGGAUGACCAGUCUCCUUACCAUUACAUGCUUUAUGCAAUUAGUAAUCACUAUGGAAGCAUGGGAGGUGGUCAUUACACUGCAUUUGUCCAUUGUUGUUGGGAGCUUGUUGCCUGUCCAUGUGGUCUACCUCAAAUUGCCUGUAGUAGGGCACCUGCAAAUCCCACUCAAUGGGCUUGAGCAUGGAUGUCACAUGUCCACUGCACCAAAAUCCCAGGCUGCUUGACUUAUACACUAUUAUGAUUUUAUCUUAGGCAAUAUUGUGUGCCAGUCUGAUAUCAAAUAAAACUGGUAUGCCUUCCACAACUUCAAAUUGUGAAAUCAUAAUGCAGAGUCUCGGGGAAAAAUUUUGUGCAACAAGAUCAAUUUAAUAAAUAUGAAAGUGGUGGCUCUUUUAAGUUCUUGCCCUGCUGCAUAAAUUUUGUGCUUGUGAAUUUGACUUGGUUCAGUCAGAGUAUGUCUUUUGUCUUUGUUGUGAUGUAGCACGGGGGUGAUCGAUGGUACGACUUCGAUGACAGCUAUGUUAAUCCCAUCAACAAGGAGAAGCUGAAGACUUCAGCUGCUUAUGUGCUUUUCUAUAGGAGAGUUGCAGAUGUGUGAAGGUAUUGAUUGUUGACAACCAUAUUGAAGCUAGAGUAGAGUUACAAAUUCUUUCUACAAUUUUAUCGUCUCUAUUGGAAGUAUAAGUUCUGUAUGGUGGCAUUUUUUUGUCCGCGGGAUUAUUUGAGAUUUGGAUUGUAGAGUUUGCUGGAUAGAUGAAAAUGGGAGGGGGAGGUUAUAGACUUAAAGAUGGUACUGAGGAAGACUGUAACAUAGUGGCAACCAAAAGAGGCAGAGUCAAACCAAAGAGGCUAUCUUUUAGAUCUGUUACCCUUUUGUAAACAAAAAAAAUUCUCUAACCAUUUUCUUUUGGGGUAAUUUUUAGAAUAUAGGAAAUUUUCUAGGAGGGGAUUGCCUCCCACUCUUGUGGAAGUGUAUUUCUUGACUUGUGUAUCUGAUGAAUGUAGUUGAUGAAUUUCACUUGUUUGAA